AGUGGAGCGGAAGAUGGCGGCGGCGGCGGCGGCUGCACCCGCACCCGGGACCUCAGUCGGGCUGAGGCAGAGGAGCCGUCGGCUCUGACCUCGCUCUGGCUCCGGUGCGUGCGGCUGAGCGUGUGCGAGGCCCCGCGCGUCGGGCAGGGGCGGCGGCGGCCACUGCGCGCCGCCCUGAGCAGCGCCCGGGAGGCGGCGCGGCUGCGGCUGAGGAGAGAGCCGGCUCGGGGCCUCGGCGUCCUCCUCCUGCUCUCCCGGGCCCCCGCCUCCUCGGGGGGGCGGCGGCGGCGAUGUUCUCGGUCCUCUCGUACGGGCGGCUGGUGGCCCGCGCUGUGCUCGGCGGCCUCUCGCAGACCGACCCCCGGGCGGGCGGCGGCGGCGGAGGAGGCGGCGGCAGCGGCGACUACGGGCUGGUGACGGCCGGCUGCGGCUUCGGCAAGGACUUCCGUAAGGGCCUCCUCAAGAAGGGCGCGUGCUACGGGGACGACGCGUGCUUCGUGGCCCGGCACCGCUCCGCCGACGUGCUGGGGGUUGCAGAUGGCGUGGGAGGAUGGAGAGACUAUGGCGUUGACCCGUCCCAGUUCUCAGGGACUUUAAUGCGUACGUGUGAACGUUUAGUCAAAGAAGGACGGUUCGUACCAAGUAAUCCCAUCGGAAUUCUUACCACCAGCUACUGUGAGUUGCUGCAAAAUAAAGUACCUUUGCUUGGAAGCAGCACCGCCUGCAUCGUGGUGCUGGACAGGAGCAGUCACCGGCUGCACACAGCAAACCUCGGGGAUUCCGGCUUCCUGGUGGUCAGGGGCGGUGAGGUGGUGCACCGGUCCGACGAGCAGCAGCACUACUUCAACACUCCGUUCCAGCUCUCCAUCGCCCCGCCCGAAGCAGAGGGAGUCGUCCUGAGUGACAGCCCGGAAGCUGCUGACAGCACGGCCUUCGAUGUCCAGCUGGGCGACAUUAUCCUGACGGCGACAGAUGGGCUCUUCGACAACAUGCCUGACUACAUGAUCCUUCAGGAGCUCAAGAAGCUAAAGAACUCAAACUAUGAGAGUAUCCAGCAGACGGCAAGAAGCAUUGCUGAGCAAGCUCACGAGCUGGCAUAUGACCCAAAUUAUAUGUCACCUUUUGCACAGUUUGCAUGUGACAACGGCUUGAAUGUGAGAGGUGGAAAGCCCGAUGAUAUCACCGUCCUCCUUUCCAUCGUGGCCGAGUACACUGACUGAGCAGCCGUGGGGUCAGCGCUGUUUCCCCUCAGCGUCCCUGCCGCCGGUGCCCAUGCUGCCGGCAGGACCGCGGGUAUCGGGCCUGUCCUUGGGGCCCAUUGAGGUCUUUGUUGAGAACCACUACUGUCCCUCCCUCACUCACGGCUGCCGGCGACGCCCGAAGGGAACUCAGCCCUCAGGUGUCCUCGUGGAAGCUCUCCCAGCAUGUGACUUCUCUCACAGGCUGCUACUUCUCAAAAACAGUUGAAGUUUGGGAAAUGAGUAACGUUGGUAAAGUGAAUCCAGAAUUGCAGUGAGUCUUAUCCCAGUCAUAUUGUAAAGAUAUAUUUAGGAAACAUUGUUCAUCCAAGGGUGUCAUCGUGUCCUCCACAGGCAUAGUCCUUGUUCUGAUGACUGGGUGUGGCUUCUUAUUUUCAUUGUAAACUCCUAUUUUUCAGGAGCUUAUAAUUGUGAUCUACAACACGGCUGUGGGCUCUAAGAUCUCGAUCCCAGCAGCUUGUUACAGAUCAGAAGAGAAAUUCAUUUUAGUUCUAUGGAUGCAAAUAUUUCGUACUUUUAAAAAGAUGUUGAAUUGUGGUCCUGUGAUUAAGAGUUUUGGCAGUUUAUCACUUAGUCCAGUCAUAGGUUGAUGGCCUGAUGUGCAGUAUGGGUGGGAGGGCUCCUUAGUGGAAGUCAUUGGUGAAAUUACUGCUCAAGAUUGUUGAUCUCAGAGCCCGCUGCUGGUGAGGCGACCGCUCUGAGUCCAGAGGGUUGAGAACGGACAGCUGGGACUUCGGCUUCCAUUGGCUUCUGAUGGUCAUGUGGCCCAGUCUCACUGAGGCCUUGUGUUAGGAGCCCUGCCUGCUGUAGCAUGUGCACCCAGUGUGUGGUCCUCUGGGCAGGGCAGCAGCAAGGUAUUCACAAGGAGAACUCCCAGGGAGGGCCUGACAGCUUGCAGUUGGCCGCAGCAGAAAUAUAGGGGUUUCCAAAUCGAGCUUAAUGUUUACAGUUUCCCAAUAGCCAUUUUGCAGUGUGUCGUCCCUCACACAGCCACCCCGCACUCGGUUUUCCCAUGGUCUACAAGCUCAAACUUAUGUUGAAGGUUUGUGUACCAGCUGACUGCUGUAAAGAUAUAUAUUUUUGGGUCAGUUCCUCCCCUUCAUUAACUUGGUGGUAGAAAAAAAUAUAUAUAUAUACUUAGAAAUCCUUAAAUUAAAGCCAUGUUUUCUAUCUAAGUCAGGUAACAUUGGUGUAGAGAUGAGAAUGCAAUGACCCCUGAUGCAAACCUACUUGAGGAGAAUUUAGGAAGUCCUUUUCUCUAGCCGAGAGACUGACUCCUGGUUCAUUGCAUUCAAACUUACGUUUGGGGUUACCUCAACUUGUUUUAAAAGAUUUUGUUUUGUGAAUUUGUACUGUAUAUUUGAGUAACUGUCGAGCUUUUGUUUUAUUUAAAAUUGUUUAACAUGUACCAUGUACAUGUCAUUACAAUAUUUCAAUGCAUCAUGCUUGUAACAGGCAUUUCAUUUAUAAUAAGAAUGAGUUAUUCAUUUUUAAGCUGUUCAGUAAUUUAUCUACUAUUCCUAGAUUGGCAUAAUGUUAGGUAUCUAUUUUGAAUCAUCUUUAAUUACAUGUCAGAAUGCCUUAACUGCCCUAACUUGACAAAACAGUUCUUUGGUGGAGGAGGGGGCUGGGGCGCAGGAGACGACCUCAAGCCAGGGAAGGGAGCACGAGGUGUGAGUGGCGGGUCUCGUGGGGCACGGACUUUCUGCAGUCUCCGUGUGUUCUCCAAGUGGCGGGAGUUGCAUCCAGAGGGUUUGGCCAGAAGGAAUGCCUUUACACGGGACUGGUGGCUUCGGCUUUGUGUGGGUGUCUUAAUUAUUUUGGUCAGAGGUAUGUAGCCUUGUGAUUUGGAUACAUUUUGCAUUAAUUUUCCAAUGCCUACAUUUAAUUAGUGGUCACAGAGCAGUGUUGGUCAAGUUACUGGCUUUUCUCUGCUCUCAUUCAACCCGACGAACACAAUCUCAUAAAGCUAGAUUGGUGGUUUAUACAACUCAUUUAAUCAGCUUACUUUCUAAAGAAAUGAUUGUUGGAAAUUGACAUUGAAAAUAGUGGGACGAGAUUUGAGUUGCACAGUGGUGUUGACUUGUGGACCUGGCCUGUACGUUAGUCACGUAGACUCUUCUCUGUUCCCUCUUGUUCCCCUGUCCCUUCCGUGUUAUGCACUUAACUGACUGCAAAGGGCCGGUGGGAGUGCUGCUGGAAGUACCUUCGGCUUCCAUGGCCAGUGGCUGUGUGGGGCCGAGCGAUACCUCUGGCGGCCGUGAUUCUGAACUCGAUGUGUGUGGGAAUUGUGUUUUAAAACUAUAGAGUCAACACACACAUUUGUCUCACAAAAUGGACUUUUAUAACAGGAGAAAAAAUUUGGAUUUCUAAUUUACAAAUGGCAAAUUAUUUAUCCCUCUGGAUGCACCAAAGACCAAUAAAGUUUAUAGCUUUUUCCAUCUAUAUUUAUAAAGCAAUACUGUAUUAUAAAAAAAUCAAUAUUUUUAUCACAUGCUUGAAAUUUUUAUUUUGUUCUGUUUUAAAAAUGUGCACUCUAAACAUAUCAGACCUUAUUUCUUCCUAUGAACUUAAAGCUGCCUGCGCACAAAAAAAAAAAAUUACCAAAUGCAGAUGAAGUAAAGCCCCAUAGGCUCUUGAAAGCUUAGAGAAGAAAUGAAGGGAAAACACGUUCUUUGUGCUGAUGACUGAACUCGUUGGACAUGGUUGAUGGGUGCUCAGUCACAGAAGAAUCCAUUCCAGGUGUGCGUGUCAGGGUGGAGUUGGCGGGGCGGGGCUGGGUCCAGAUCAGAAUGAAGAGAGUAUGCCCUCUCCCAUGGGCAGCGCCUGUGCUAGGGAGUGGGCCCUCUCCCAUGGGCAGCGCCUGUGCUAGGGAGUGUGCCCUCUCAUGCGGCCAGUGCCUAUGCUAGGGAGUGUGCCCUCUCAUGCGGCCAGUGCCUAUGCUAGGGAUUGUGCCCUCCCCUGCGGGCAGUGCCUAUCCCAAGGGAGUAUGCCCUUUCCUGUGGCCAGCACCUGUCCCAAGGGAGUAUGCCCUUUCCUGUGGCCAGCACCUGUCCUAAGGGAGUGUGCCCUCUCCUGUGGGUAGCACCUGUCCUAAGGGAGUGUGCCCUUUCCUGCGGGCAGCGCCUCUCCUAAGGGAGUGCACCCUUCUGUGGGCAGCACCUGUCCUGGAGCUGGGAUCGCUCAGUGCCACCAGCCUACCACACUGUGUCACGAGGCAGGAAGCAGAAGUUCCUGAGUCCGUUGUGAGUAUUCUGAGUGUUUUUGGAGUUUGUAAAUGUUUGUACGUCUGGAGGAGCUCCAGGUUUCUUGACACCUUAUACCAGCUGUCUUUGGUAAAAACCACAGCAUUCAAUUUCUCUAGAAACUGUAUCACAUUUCUGCACUUAACAAAUUUUACAAUAUAUAUUUAAAAAAAAGUCCCGUGAAACAGUAUUUGAAGUCAGUUAAAAAAAAAAAUAAUAAAAACUUGGCAAAAUUCAGCUUCUCAACUAAA